ACGUUCCUAUUUUUAAACUCCACUGGAGGCAAAUGAAUUUAAACCUUGACCCCACCCCACCCUCUCUCUCUCUCUCACUGCGUAUAUAGAUAAUACAAGGCAAGGAUUGGAAUUCUGGGUAAAAUUCUUCAAAUGGGAUGUUUUCUUGCCUGUUUUGGCUUCAAGAAGAAGCGAAAACGUCGAAAGCCGGGCAAUAAAAAUCUAUCGGGAGAAGAGGGCCAUGGAAAGUAUAUGCCUUUAGAUUCUGAUGUCACUGUUAAACUUGAUACAAAACCAGAGCCCAUCACCUCAGAUUCUAAGCUCAAAGAAAACCAAAAAGAUGAACCAAAGUUGAAAAUCAAAAAGAAAGUGAGCUUCAAUUUGAAUGUCAAGGCUUAUGAACCAAUACAAAAUUAUGACGCGUACCUUUCAGAGGGCGAAGAGGAGACGAACCUACCUGUUUUGCGCUGUGACGAGGAUUCAUUAGAAUCGAGCAUCAGAUCGUACCCUCAAAAUUACAGAUACCAGAAGUGUAUAGAAGGCUAUGAUGAUGAAGACGAUGAGAUAAAAUUAGAGGAAAGUGAUUUCUAUUACGAUGAUAUUUAUGAUAGUUGUGAAGAAUUGGAAGAUGAUUACAGCAAUAAUGAAAGUGAUGAUUUAUCGAAAAUCCAAGAAGAUUCUUCUUGGCAAUUGAAUUCUGCAGAUAUGAAAUCAAACUAUGGAGUAACAAAUUUUCCCAUGCCAUUCCAUGAUGUGUCUAAUAAAGAUUUCCAGAGACUUGAAUCAAAUUGUCAUACUCGAGACAGGAGUGUGCUCAAUCCAGUCGAAAAUCUCACGCAGUGGAAAGCAAUUAAAGCUCAAGCAAGAUCACAGUUCAAGCGCCAAAAGGAAAAUAUCAUGGUAGAGAAAGAACAAGAAAUUCCCUCGACUACAGAUCCCAGUUAUUUUCCUAAAGCAGAGACGAAUUUCGCUACUAUAUCUCAACUCACAGUGCCAGUUGAUGCCAGUCUCUCAAACUGGUUGGUUUCUACACAAAAACUAUAAGCAAGAACAACAUCAGUGCAAUAACAUGAGCCGGCGUUUGUCAUAUGCUGCUCCGAUUUGUAUUACAAGAAGUCACUUAUUAUCGAUAAAAGGCAAGAAGAAAGUUAUCAGAGAUUUGCAGGAAGAUAUUGUUUGUAUUUCCUUUCACACAGAGUGGAAUAAUCAGCAACUGUUUUGGUUUGUGUUCCUUUGUUUAGGAGUUUUUUCGACUCGUCAUUCGGUGGCUUAUUGUGUUUGGUGAUUUCUGUAUUGUGGUAAGAAUGAUCUGCUUUUUGUAACACCUUAUUAGACAUGGACAGGGGGAGAUAUAUAUUUUCAGAAUUAUAAUGUUUGAUCUUUCCAAUAAGAACUACACAAAUCCUUUUUCACUGUUC